CUUCUCCCCUGGCCCAGGCGAAAGAAUGGCUUCUCUGGGGCUGGAGGAGGAGCUGGACUGUGUCAUCUGCCUGGAGCUGUACCGGGAACCGGUCACUCUGCUCUGCGGCCACAACUUCUGCCGUAAGUGCAUAAAAGAUUACUGGGACCUCGGGGAGAUCAACUGCCCCAAGUGCCGGGCCCCGUUCGAGCAGCGCCCCGCGCUGCACAAGAACGGGGCUCUGUGUGACGUGGUGGAGGCCCUGCGGGCGGCCAAAGAGCAGCCGGCAGCGACGGAGCCCGCGCUUGGCCCGUGCCCCGCUGCCCGGUGCCCCCGUCACGGGCGAGCCCUGGAGCUCUAUUGCAGGACGGAGAAGCGGUGCAUCUGCUGCGCCUGCACCGUGGGCCAGUGCGAGGGCCACCUGCGAGUCCUGGCCGAUGUGGAGCGCAAAGAACAGGAGAAAUGGCUGAAGGAACAGCUGGAGGAAAAUCGGAAUCAGAAAAUCAAGAUUGAUGAACUACUUAAGGAAUUUCAGGAUGAGACUGACAGGAUCCAGAAUUCAGCCAACACCUGGGCCUUGGCCAUCUCUGAAAAAGUCACUUGCCUGCUGCGGACCCUCGAAGCAUGGCGGGAUAAGGCACUCCAGAACUUCGAAAAGGAAAAGAUGGCUGUCCUGGCCCAAGCCAAAGAGACCAAACAGUGUCUUCAGGACCACCUGGAGCUCCUGGCACAGAACACCCAGCAGAUCCAAGAGCUGCUGACUUGCCCCAGUGAUGUGGGCUUCCUCCAGAGGUCUCCACUUCUGACACCUCCUGGGUCUUUGGCACCAGUGCCCUUACUGAAGUGGGAUGACGACGUCGAUCAGCUGAAGGAACUGAAGACACUAGACCAAAUCUAUCAACUCCUCCUGAGGAACGAGACGGACCCUGGGAUGCCUAGAGAUGCAGAUCCUGGUUUCAAGGGACCCUUGGAUCUGACCCCAGGACCAGUGUGCCAUCUGAGGAAGGAACUGAGACAAAGUUAUGAGCCCUUGGCCCCACUCCCACCAGCCGCCUCAGGUGUGCCCGUGUGGCAGGACCGCACCAUCGCCUCCGCUCAACUUCGGCUCCUAGAGUAUUCAGCUUUCAUGGAAGUGCAACGAGAUCCAGACACGGAUGUGGACGAUGUGGAUCUUCUUUAUCUUCCCAUCAGUGUCCCAAAUGGCAUCUUCAGAUCAGCUGGUGGCAGAGUUUGCACCCAUGGAAGUCAAUGA